CGGUCACGUGAGGGCUCUGCCGGCGCGCAGGGCGGCGGUUGCCAUGGCGAGAGCGGUGCUGGUGCCGCUGUGGCUGUGCUGGGCCGCGGGCUGGGCCGCGCCGCCCAACGUGGUGCUGCUGCUGAUGGACGACAUGGGUUGGGGUGAUUUGGGAGCUUUUGGAGAGCCUUCUAAGGAAACUCCUAACCUAGACCAGAUGGCUUCGGAAGGGAUGCUUUUCCUGGAUUUUUAUGCUGCCAGCCCCCUCUGUUCUCCAUCACGGGCAGCGCUGCUGACGGGUCGCCUCCCAGUCAGGAAUGGUUUUUACACAACGAAUGCACAUGCCAGAAAUGCAUACACACCGCAGGAUAUAGUAGGAGGAAUUCAAGAUUCUGAAAUACUGCUUCCAGAGCUGCUGAAGAAAGCUGGCUACACCAAUAAGAUCAUUGGCAAAUGGCAUCUGGGUCACAGGCCCCAGUUCCACCCCCUGAAACAUGGUUUUGAUGAAUGGUUUGGAUCCCCAAACUGCCAUUUUGGACCUUAUGAUAACAGAGCACUCCCAAAUAUCCCUGUGUAUAGGGACUGGGAAAUGAUUGGCAGAUACUAUGAAGAUUUCAAAAUUGAUCUGAAGACGGGUGAAGCCAACUUGACUCAGAUUUACCUGCAGGAAGCUCUCGAUUUCAUUAGCAAGCAGCAGGCCAGCCAGCAGCCUUUCUUUUUAUACUGGGCAAUCGAUGCUACUCAUGCUCCUGUUUAUGCUUCCAAACAUUUCCUGGGCACGAGUCAGAGAGGACGAUAUGGGGAUGCUGUGCGGGAAAUUGAUGAUAGCGUUGGAAAAAUCCUAAAACAUCUUCAGAAGCUGGGUAUCAGUGAGAACACUUUUGUGUUUUUCACCUCUGAUAAUGGGGCUGCUCUCAUUUCAGCUCCUAAACAAGGAGGAAGCAACGGUCCUUUUCUCUGUGGCAAACAAACCACCUUUGAAGGUGGCAUGAGAGAGCCAGCUAUUGCGUGGUGGCCUGGACAUAUACCUGCAGGAGGCGUCAGUCGUCAGCUGGGCAGCGUGAUGGAUCUCUUCACCACCAGCCUCUCCCUGGUGGGUCUGCAGCCUCCGAGUGACAGACAGAUUGACGGCAUCGACCUUUUACCUGCCAUCUUGCAGGGCAAGCUAAUUGACAGUUUACAGAAAUAUUUUAUAAACUGGACGGAUGCAUCUUUGCUCCUGGCCGAUGAAGUGAGGUAGCACCAGAGCUUUACCCUGUGCAUUAAUCCUCUGCUGGAGCAGGCAGAGGUGAGAUUUCCUGACACACGACAUACUGCUGUACAAUGGAGUCUGGGGACAAAUGCAAAUGUCAGGGGGUUAGCAGGGAUCCUUGGAACAGCAUAUGGCAACAAGGGAGAUAAAAGCCUGCGAACUGUAGCCUGGGUAGGGGAAAAUACAUUAUUUAUUACUGGAAAAAACAUCCAGGAGUAUAUUGGCUGGUUGCAGAAUAUAAUUCUAGUUUGAGAGAAGCUGGAAUUAAAGGCUGGACUGCCGCAGGUGAACCAGAAGCCAACCUCUUCCCAAGUCCUUUUAUAAAGGCAUGCUUGAAUUAAAGAGCUGGGAUCCUUGUGGGCAUGCAGGAGUACUGUUUGGGUGCAGAUUUUGACAGCAAACAUCCUUGGCUGUCACUGGAAGGCCUGGAGGUCAAGAGAGGUAUUUUUGUUGAGAUUUGGAUAAUUUGGCAGCCUGGGAAAUCCUGAGUACAAAUAUAUUCUUUGUCAAUGAGACAGCAAGCAAACAUCCACAUGCAAAACAUACUUGAGUUCUUUUCUGUGUUGGAUGUGAGCCUUUGUUCCACAAAUUGUUACUUAUGUGCCUGUUAAAGCGAGAAGUAUAUGUGCAGCAUUACCUGAGAGCUCAUCUGCUGCCUGACCUGAGGUGCUGCAAGUCCUGCAAACACAGCCUGUUACUUUUGUGGAGCUUUCUUAUGACACCAAAGGGAAAAUAAAGGAAAUAUCAGC